AUUCACAAUUUGCAAAGAUUCUGCACUGAAAUCACACUUCUCCAUAUCUGGAUUCAUCGUCUUCGCUCUUGGGUUCUUAAUCAAAGCUCAUAUCUCCGGCCGCCUUGGGUCUUAGCUGAGCUGGCGGACUUCACUGUUGAGAAAGCCGGGGUCUUUUCAUGCUGAUUUCUUUUAUAGGAUAUGAGUGUUGGUUCUUCAAAUGAUGGGCAUGGGGUUCUACUGAAAUCUUAGAGCGAGUGACCCUUUUGAGCUGUGUAAGUGCUUGUGGAAGUAAAUGAAGUAACAAUAGUGCAACAUUUGCGUGUCCUCUAGAACAUAGCGAAAACGGGGUCUCUUUGUUGUGUGGCUGCAAGGCCACAUGGAUCGACUGCAACCAGCGGGGAAUGGUCCACGGGCCCGCACGAUCCUUACUGGAGAACUAAUUCGAGCUUCUCCCCACCGCCUACAAGGUGGGAUUUCCGGUUCCAAUCUGAAGCAUUGUCGUCGGGUUCUCAUGACGGGCCCCACUUACACGGAUCAUCGGCUUCAUCAAACAGCAGAGAAAGUAGGAGCUGGGGAAGGGGAAACCAAUUGACAAACCACCACUAUCUUGUAUCUGAUGCUGUUGGUGCAUACUAUAGCAGCCCAUCUGAUAACUCUCCCAUUCAGCAGUGGACUCCCCCUGUCAUACAAGAAAUCAGCCUCGGUGAUUAUGACACUUCUAGGCAAGUUUUGAGGCCUUCAUCCUUCUCAUUGACGAUGGAGGGAAAUUCGAAUGCUAGGGAUGGAAGAGGCUCGACUUCUUCCCGAUCUGAAAGUAGUGACAGCGAAUCCAUAGCCAAAUCACAUUCCUCUCACCGUAACUUUCCAAGUUACCGCUACUUCAUGUCCAAACCCAUUCACCCGCUCUCACUUCCACCCAAAACACCCAAAAGAGGACCGGUUCCUGCUUCUGAACUUGGAUCACCCACUCCUCUGAGAGAGAAACACCGCUCCAGCAGUGCGAGUAUCAGUGUUGACCUCACCGAGGAGGAUCCCGACCCGCCCAUUGAACCCGAACGACCCGCGGGUAGCUCCCUCGCCGCUUCGGACAGUCCCAUAAAAUGCGGCUUGUGCGAUAGGUAUCUCUCGCAGAGGUCUCCCUGGAGUGCCCGGCGAAUCGUCCGGACCCGCGACAUGCCGGUCGCCGGCGUGCUCUCUUGCUGCCACGUGUUCCAUGCGGAAUGCUUGGACCAAACAACGCCCAAGGCACGUAAGACCGACCCUCCGUGCCCGGUUUGUGUUGAUGGGUCCCGUAACACCAUUCUGUCACUUAACCGUAGCCGGAUUAGGAAGAGCAUGUCCUUGAAGGGCAAUAUGGGUAAAGAGUUUCCGGGGAGGUUGGGGAGAAUCAGCCCGUUUUCUUCGCAGUCGUUCGUGGAGUCGAUGGAUCAUGCUGCCCUUUAGUCUCUUGGGAAUAUGAUUUGAUGAUAUUUUGGCCCUUCUGAAUAAAUGAUGAUGAUGAAAAUGGCUUUGGUUUAUUCUUGUUGUAGUCUUUGUUUAGGUGAAAUUGUUGUAAGAUCAUGUAAAUGAAAACCAGCAUCUCUAAUGUUUUUUUAUCCUCAAUUGUCGUGUUUUUUUUUUUGUAUGGGACUGGCAAAUGAAAUGGUUUUGCUCUG